AAAGGAAACGAAAUGUGUGUUCUUAGAUGUAGGCCUAACUUAGAUGUAGUAGGCUGGCCUAAGAUGUAGGUAGAACUUCACUCUCUGUUUCGUCAGCAGGUUUGGUGUUACAGCGCUCCUCCCCUCUCCUCUCCUCUCGCGGCUGGAGUUAUAGAUCAUUCACUGUUCCGAAUCCUAACCACACGCAUUCCAAUGAAUUUAGUCCUGAUAUCUGAUGAUUUGGGAUUAUUUUCCAGGAGUUGACUUUGCCUUCGCCGUGUGGUCGUUAUCCGUAGUCGGUCGGUGUGGAAUUUACAGAGCAGCUUUUCCCCACCGAAAUUUAAGGUGCAGAUCGGUAUGCCAGUAUACUGGGCUGCUGUUCGACGCAUGCUGUCCACAGGUGAAUACUGAAAACGGAACAUAAUACAGUGCAAUAUUGGGAAUGAUGUCAAAGCUUCCCUACCUUAGCUUAUUAAGGUCUGCUGCAUAUUGACCUGAAAGCAGACCCGUUUGUCCAGGAAGAUGUCGACCUGUGGUGAGUUCGCAGAACACGUGUGGAAACCUGGCUCAUGUAAGAACUGCUUUCACCCGCGUAGUGCCCACACCACCAGCACUGUCCCCAGCUGCUAUCAGACAAGCGUGGGGGGCGGUGAGGAGAAUGACUGUGUGACCCUUCCAUCACCCUACUCCAAGCCCAUCAUUGCCGUCAGGCCCACCAUGAUGAGCUCAGAGUCUUCUGAGAUGGAGGCUAAUGAUGGCAUGAACGCAGAGAAGGAAAAUGACAAGAGAUUGCAGCUAAAGAAAGUUGUGGAUGUGGCCCCACUUUGCGUUGACAGUAACAUCUGCAGCAGUGUGCGGAAGGAGACCAUAUUCCACAAUGUCAUUCCUGGGAACACAGAUUAUUCCAGCAGCUUUUCUUCUGGUGCCUUGACCCAGAAAGACUCCAGAAUCAUUAGAAGCACUUUUGAAACUCAGGAUGACAGCCUUGGCCCUCAAACCCUGAUGGAAAAUGUCAGCAGCACAUCCUACAGGCCACAGAUUGACAGGGUUAAGUGCACUUUUACAUCAAAAAAACAGCAGCAGCAGGAAUUUUCAUCACCUUUGGGUAUCGAGAUCAACAUAAUCACUGCCUAUCCUAGUGACUAUACCAGCUAUCCUACCAGUGAGCUGUCCACCACUUUUCCUUCCCCUACACUUAGCCCCAACUCACGACAUGCCAGCUUGUCAGACUCCUGCUCAUUCUGCAGUAGCACUGACUCAGUCACGGUACCUGCAAAUUUUUAUCAGAUUGACCCAGAGAGCACUCAGAAUGGGCCAAUCAGUCCAGAGCCCAUUUACGCAGAGAGCACUAAGCGAAAGAGGAGGCCACAACGGGAGAGGAAAGAACAGCUACGGGAGCAGUCAGAUAUUGAGGUGGAGCCGGAGGUUAAGGCUGGUGACAGUCAGAGGGCCACUAUCACAGUUAUGGCAGCCCACACAGAGAAGAAUAACCGUACUUUCUACCUGAGCAGUCCGGAUUCAGCUGUUAGUACACAAUGGCCAUACCUCAGCCCAACUGCACUUCAAGACCCCUGCAGCCCUACUUUCAAGUGGCCCACACCCUCUUUCUCCAUGGAGACACCCUCCUCAGAUCUUCUAAAGCCCAAAUCCCAGUGUAGCCCUCCCCUACCACCAAAAAGGAACACCCGUUCCCCUGUCCCUCUUCCUGAUUUGAGCUUCAUUUCUGUCUCCACAGUGGGCAAAUCUUACCAUUCCAACACCCAGUGUACAGACCAUCUGGCUGGCAAUGCCAUGGAGAGGAGGCAUAAACUUUCUAGCAAUACCUGGACCCCAGAGGUCCGUAUAGAGGAGGAGGAGGAGGAGACAGAGGCUGAGAAGGGGGUGGCUGAUAAGGUCAGGCUCAGUGACCAUCCUGCAAAUGGGACUUCUGUCUGCAAAGAGUACAACUGUAGCUCUAGUAUGCAGGGUGAGGGCACAACAUACAAUAGUGCCAGUCAGGAGCAAGCAGCUGUCCGAGUCAUGCAGGGCAGUUACAGUGGCAGCGGCAGCAUGUUGGUAACAGGGACAACAGCAGCAUCUCUCAUCCAUGUUCAUGAUCUUGCAAAAGGAAAGGUUAACCGGGAGACCACACCACCUCCACCUCCUCCAAAGAAGCAAAAUAGGCCAUGUCCUAAGAUGAGCCAGAGCAGUGUGGAGCUGGAUCAGGUGAGUCAGCAGGGAUCAGUGGACAGUCUGACACAAUCUCUGCGAGAAUUGGGCAACAGCCUGUCGACGUCCUCCACUCCACUUCAGCCUGAUACCUGUGGGCUGGAUGGCACAGAACAACUAUGCCCAUCCCUGGUUUCCACCAACCCUCUUGUCACCACUGCAAGUUCCCCCAACUUUGAGCCUUACCCAAGUAACAGCCUGGGCCAGCAACUGCAGCCACCUCCUCUCCCUGAGAAGAAGCUAGUGAAUCGCACGGUGUCAGCACCUGGCGAGACGGGGGGAGGAGUGACUAUGCGAGGCAGACCACGCUUGCCAUUUUAUAAGUCAGAAGAUAAUGUUUGUGGGCCUGAUGGUGCCCCCUCCAGUCCUGUGGAUGCACGACCCUUAUACUCAUCCUCUGAUUGUCUGGAAAACUGUCCUCUUCCCUUGAACCGGCCACUACCUUCCUGCAUAGUGGAAGAGGCAAGGUUGGGCCGUCUGGGUAGUCACAGCCGUGGCAGUGUGACAACAGUCUCCUCACCUCAACUGAGCUGUCCUGCCCCCUCUGGCUCUACCCUGCAGCUGCAGACCCUGCUCAGCAACAUGGACAGUCGAGAGGGUAUUUACUCCAAGCUGGGUGGGCUAUACGCAGAGUCGCUGCGCAGGCUGGCCAUCAAGUGUGAAGACCACUUUACUCGUAACCAGGGAAAUACCCUGCGCUUCCACGAGAGCAACUGGUCCCUUUUCAAGUUAACCUGCAACAAGCCUAGCUGCCAGGCAGGGGAUGCGAUCUACUACUCAGCCUCCUGUGCUUCAGAUGCAAGCAACCCUUAUGCUGUCAAGAUUUGUAAGAGUACUUCUUCGGACUCAAAGCAAGGCCACUUGUAUGGGCUUUCUAUCCAGCAGAGUCUGCCUCCCCACUUUAACCUGCAGCAGGACUGUGGCCACUUCAUUGCGUGUGUACCCCAGAGUAUGUUGCCAUCAGAGGAGCUUCCUGCAGCAUCAAGCCCUUCAACCAUGGUAUCGUCUCCUGGCCAGAGUGAGCAGGAACAUGUAGUAGUGAUCACAAAUGAGGUGCCCUACCAGAGUGCGUCAGAUUUUGUGCGCGAGUGGAUAUCAUUCCACAAAGCUCAGCCAGAAGUCUAUGAGCGGCGAAUAUGCUUCCUGCUACUACAACUCUGCAAUGGUCUGGAGCACCUGAAAGCCUGUGGAGUCACACACCGUGACCUCUGUCUGGAAAACUUGUUGCUGGUCCCCCACAGACAGGCUGGCUGUGCUCUGGACACACAACAGCAACAGCUCCCACGUCUAAUCAUUAGUAACUUUACCAAGGCAAAGCAGCGUAGCGCUGAAGGCCCUACUAAAACUGACCCUCGCCUCAAACGUGAUCAUGCCCGACUGGCCCCCGAGAUUGUGUCAGCCGUCCAGUACCGCAAGUUUGAUGAGUUCCAAGUUGGCAUCUUGAUUUAUGAGUUACUCCACCAGCCCAACCCGUUUGAGGUGAGCCCAGCCUUGAAGGAGCAGGAAUACUGCUGUGAGGAUUUGCCCCCCAUACCUGGCGUAUCUUUGUACUCCAGUGGCCUACAGAGGUUAGCCGGCUUGCUGCUCCAGUCUGACCCUAUCAAGCGUAUUCACAUCCAGGAUGCCAAGCGGGUGUUGCAGAGCCUAUUGUGGGGUCCGCGGAGGGACAUGAUGGAACAGCAUUGCAAGAGCAGCAGGGGGCAACACGAGGGGCUGUUGAACUGGCUGGAUGUGAAGCGGGCACUGCUGAUGAUGAAAUUUGCUGAGCGCUCUCUAGAGCCAGAGAGGAAUGCUGAGCUGGAGGACUGGCUAUGCUGUCAAUACUUCUCCACUGCACACCCAUUGUCACUUUGUCACACAGCCGAAUUGCUGUACUCAUUUAAAGUUACACACUGAACUAUCUAUACUACUAUUAAUGAAUGUGAAAAAGUGUGUUUAAAGGUAUGUGUGUAAUGAGUCAAUGAAUGAGGGGACACUGUUGACACUAUACUGGAGAUGUAUUGAGUUCUACACUGUGUUUAUGUUUGCUUUUAUUUUAUUUUGUUUGGUCAUUUAAUUCCUGUGAAAUUGGCUGGCUACAUUGCUGCUUUAUCAUGCUCAGCAUCAGCAUUUUCUGACUGAAGGAGACACACUUCCGUCCUCAUAUUACUUCAUGAAAGUUACUAAGUCAUUUUCUUAGUAUUGACCGAAUUAUACAUUAUACAUCAUUGUUCACUGUGCUUUUUAUGAUUGUGUAACCUUGGGAACCCACUGAAUAAUUAAAUUUAAAAUUAAUCUAAUGUAAUGAAUCACAAAUUCUAUUUGCUAAGUGUAUGUUCAUGGCACAUUCCACCAUGUGAAAUGUUAUGUACUGUAUAUGAGGUCAAUUUACACCUUGCAUUAAAAUGUUAUAUUGCAGUCAG